AUGGCCUCUCCCGACUCGUCCAAACCGCUCUUCAGCGUGCCUGUCCCAGCAUGUGAUCAGCACCCUGGCGGGUCGAUCACCAUCACCGAGCCAGCAUCCCGCGUCUACCUCCUGACAAUAUCCUCCCCGCCAGACAACCGGCUCACCACAGCGCUAUGCCAGGCCCUGCUGCAGGCCCUCGACAUCGUCGAGUUCUCGCUGCCGCGGGGCUGCGUGGUGACGACGUCGGCGCUGCCCAAGUUCUUCUCCAACGGGCUGGACCUCACCCACGCCGUGGCGGUGGGCGCGCCCUUCUGGGUCGGCAGCCUGUGGGCGCUGUACCGGCGGCUCCUGACGUACCCGAUGCCGACGGUGGCGCUGCUCAACGGGCACGCGUUCGCGGGCGGGCUGAUGCUGGCCAUGCACCACGACUACCGCGUCAUGAACGCCGAGCGCGGCUUCUGCUGCCUCAACGAGCUCGAGUUCGGCGCCCCGCUCAAGCCGCCCAUGUCCGCCAUCUUCCGCGUCAAGGUCCCGGACCCCCGGACCUACCGCGAGAUGGUCCUCGAGGCGCGGCGCUUCGGCGGCAGGGAGGCCGCCGCCAGGGGCAUCGUGGACGCCGCGGGCGGGUGGGACGAGGUGCUGGCGCUGGUCGGGGAGAGGAAGCUGACCGACAAGGGCAAGUCAGGGGUGUAUGGGCUGUUGAAGAUGGAAAUGUACCGCGAGUGCCUGGACCUGCUGGAGAAUCACGAGCGUGAGGAGGCCAAAGAUGAUGCUUGGUUCAAGGCGGAGGACGAGAGGAAGCAGAAGGGAGAGAAGCAGGUGGCGGACUUGGUCAAGGCAUAUCAGAAGGCGAAGUUGUGA